UUAUAUAAAACUAAAUCACAAAUUGCAAAUUUUCCAAUUAAAACUACAUGUCCAAAAUCAUCUGAAUUUUCUUCAGAAAUCAGAAAGCCAGCCAAUCUCGUUGAACACGAUCGCGGUGCGGCAGCGUAGCCAUUAAAUCCCCUUUCCGAUCUUUCAUUUUCCGGGAAUCCAUUUUCUUUUCCAUCCAAACAAAAUCGAACAAACGCAACAAACCCGAUUCCAUUCUCCAGAUUUCGAGGUCUCCAGAGCCAAAUUCAAAGUUCCCCCCAUUUCCGAGCGAUGAAUCUAUGAUGGAGGCGAGUGGUUUCGGCGUAGAAAAGUUGCAGAGGGAAAAUGGAAGAGCUGCCGGGGGCAUUGGGCACAAGCCCAAGCUUGGUCCUCCGUUUGGGGCAGGCGAUUUUCGCCUCCGCUUCCCUCUUCUUCAUGUGUCUCGAAAUUGAGUUCUACAGCUACACGGCUUUCUGCUAUCUAGUGACAAUCAUGGGCUUGAUGGUUCCUUGGAGUCUGACAUUGGCAGUGGUGGACGGAUAUUCGGUUUUUGUUAGGCAUUUACCUCCUCAGGCGAGAGUAACGGCGAUCAUCGUCGCCGGAGACUGGGUUCUAUCAUUUCUCGCCUUGGCUGCUUCCUGCUCGACAGCCAGUGUCGCCGACGUGUUGCUCAAAGUCGGGGUGCCGUAUUGUUCAGCAAAGCUUUGCAGUAGAUAUAGACUUUCAGCAGCAAUGGCUUUCUUGUCAUGGUUUCUUUCUCUGGUUUCUGCCCUCUUCAAUCUCUGGCUUCUUCCUUCUUUGUAAAGUUGAUCAAUAUGUUCAUGUCGUUUCUGGAAAACUGUACAUGUCAAAAAAAAAAAAAAAAAAA